UCCGUCAUUCAGAGACUCCGCCCCUCACUGCUUCUUCCUGACUGCCAGCGACAGAGCAGAGCCGGGCGUUUGGAGACUGCUGGGCAGGUGAUUGCGCUCAGACUGCAAAUGAAAAUGUUUGAGAGUCUUGACUCUUCAGCUACAAAAUCUGGCCGGGAUCUCUGGGCUGAAAUCUGUUCUUGUCUGCCAAAUCCUGCCCAAGAUGUUGCCGAGAAUGCCUUCUCAGACUCCUUUAUGGAUCCACAUCCUGCAGGGGAAGGCCACAUGGAGCCAGUCCAGCCAGCUAAGCCCUGGGCUCCCUUGCAUGAUUCAGAAGUGUAUUUAGCAUCUCUAGAGAAGAAACUAAGAAGAAUCAAAGGUUUAAAUGAGGAAGUAACUUCCAAGGACAUGCUUCGAACUCUGGCCCAAGCUAAGAAGGAAUGCUGGGAUCGGUUCCUCCAAGAGAAGUUAGCAUCGGAGUUUUUUGUGGAUGGACUUGAUUCUGAUGAGAGCACCUUGGAACAUUUCAAAAGGUGGCUUCAGCCAGAUAAAGUUGCCAUCAGCACAGAGGAGGUCCAGUUUCUCAUCCCUCCAGAAUCGCAGGCGGAGAAGACAGAGGCCGGGGACAAGCCAGCAGCAGGAGAACAAUAAAUUACACACACAUAAGCCAAGCAGCUGUCUGAGGCCCUGGGGGAAUGGUGGAGAGCUUGACAGCAUGGCAGCAAAGAGAAAUCCAGGGAGAGAAAAUGCCCAGACUUCCAAUCCACAAAGCAAACAGCUGCUGGCCCCUGAGGGCUUGCUUGGAACUGGCAUGUGUGAGCUCUGUUGCUGCAGGUUAGAGGUUUGCAAGGAUCCAGCGAAGAGCAGGGUGUGAAAGUGCUGGGAGACACUGGGGCUCUUGUAUAUAAUGUACCGGUUAAGCUAACCAUGUUUUUUUCUCACUUCCAGGUGUUCCUCUGUGUGUGUGUGUGUGUGUGUGUGUGUGUGUGUGUGUGUGUGUGUGAUGCAUUCCAAAGCUAAGUAGUCAGGAGCAGGUGUAGCCAAGGAGAGUGAGGUCAGCCUCCUGGAGUCCAAGCCCCCCGUGGAGCUUUCUCACAUACUCAUCGUAAAUAGAAGGACUCAAGGGAAACGGGCUUUUCUAUGUUCUUUGUGUCAAAAAUGGGGGGGGGGGAGUGUGAAAACGUGGGUGUUUGUAUCUGUGUAGAUAUAUAUUCUAUUUUAUGGCUUCUCCCCCAGCCUCUUUCUGUAUCAAGUUCCAAAUUAGACUUGUAAAUACAGUUUAGUGUUUGACACAA